AUGUUUGCAAGAUUUGAAGGUAGAAAAAGUUUGAAAAAAAAUGGUUAUGUUAAUGUACAUGAUGAUGAUGUUAUAUGUGGUAAUGAUAGAGAUAAUAUUGAGUACGUUAAUGUUGAUAGUGAUGGUGACGAGUAUUUUUGUAGUGAGCAAUUAGAUGAAGAAGAUAAAUUGCAUGAGAAUAGAGGUAGUAUGCAUGAAAGUAGUGAUAAUUUCCAUGAUAGUAGUGAUAAUAUUGUUGACGGAGAUGAGCCUAUUACGGGAGAAAAUCGUGGGAAAAACCCCGUUAAGGACGAAGAAAUAUUGAUUGGUAGUGUUGGAAGUGUAAAGAGCAAACGGCGUAGAGAUGUGCUUCCUAGAAGUGGUUGCAAAGUUAGAAUGUACGUGGUUAAUAAGAAAAAAACAAGUCAUUGGGAGAUAACCUCUUUGGAAUUAGAACACAAUCACGAAGUUGUUACUCCUUCUAAGAUGAGUUUGAUAAGACGGGAGAGACAUGUGAGCGCGGCUCAAGGAAAUUUAAUCAAGACCUUACAUGUUUCGGGUUUCCCACCAAGACAACAAAUGAAUAUUUUUGGUAAAAUGCACGUAGGAGCGGAACAAGUGGGUUUUGAUAGCCAACAUUUAAGAAAUGUCGUACGCGAUUUUAGAAAGGAUAACAUGGGAGUAAACGAUGCUCAAGCCGGUUUGGAUUUGUUGUAUCGAUUGAAAGAAGAGAGUGGCGGUAAGUUUUUCAUCAAGACUCUCCUUGAUGACGAAGAAAGAUUGAAGUGUCUUGUAUGGGUCGAUCCCCGCUCUUUGAUGGCCUACAAAAACUUUGGUGAUGUGGUUGCGUUUGACACUAUAUAUGGAACUAAUAGAUAUGCUAUGCCGUUUGUGGCUUUCACCAGAGUGAACCAUCACUAUCAAUCAAUACUUUUUGGUUUUGCACUCGUGCGGGAUGAAUUGAAGACAACUUUUGAGUGGGUUUUGAGUACUUGGCUAGAGGCAAUGGAAGGCAAAGAACCCAUGGCUAUUAUAACGAUCAAGAUCUAG